UUUUUAGCAUGAAAAGAAAUGAACAUUCACCAAAAAGUGAUUCAAGGGCUCAGAAUAAAAUAUCAUCAAUGUUUUGUGAAUCAAUGUUUCCAAAUUGAACGAUUUCAUGGUGAUUGUUUUUUGUCCACAAUGUUACUCAAUCAAAAAUCGGAAAAAGAAAACAACAAACUACUUCUAAGUCUAAAUGUUCAGUGAAUCAACUGAUUGAUUGAUAAAAGAAAAGAUGGAAAAUUAUUCCAAAUCGUAGUUAAAAGUUAAUUACUUCUCAAAUCAAUCAAUAUUAAUCGAUGAAAUCAUUCCAUUGAUAACUUUCCUCUCUCAAGUUAACCAUUCACACCAAUGAAUUCAAUCUAAUCAAUAUCAUCAAAUUUAUCUUCAUCUCACUCAAGGAUUUACCGUUAAACUGAUAAUCAGUAAAAUAAAUUGUUCACCACUAAAUCUAUUGAUUUGAAGAGAAGGAAAAAAGAGAGAGAUUAAGAUUAGGAUUUAUCUUCUCAUGAAAAGAUAAUUCUGAUUCAAAGGCUAAUCCAUUUCACGCUGUGAAUAUCAAAGUUUUCUCAUCUUUAUCUCUUUCCCGCCACCGAUUAAUACGCUGAAAUAAUGGCUGACCCUGUGAUGGGAUAUGAUGAUGAGGAAUUGGUCGCCGUUGUUGUCGAUGAACGUAAUUGGAAAGGUAUUGGAAUCUCAUUAGUGGUCAUCGUAACAAUAUUUUCCUUCAUUGGACUGGCCAUUUUCAUAUUAACACCCAAAUCAAGUGAAGAGGAUUGGGGUCGAUUCCGGAUUAACUUGACGGAUUUAAUUGGUCCUCAUUUAAAGCCGAAUCAUAUAAAAAGCUCUUGGAUAUCAGGUAGUGAAUUAGUUUACCAAGAUGCUGAAGGAUCCAUAUUGGUUUAUGAUGUGUUACAAAAUGUUUCAUCCAUCACUUUAAUACCAAGCUCAAAGAUAAGUCAGUACAACGUCCACAAAUUUAUAUUAUCACCUGAUCGACAUUACACUUUAUUAGAGAUUGACCGGACAGAGGUCAACUCAUCCGACCAUGUUAAUUAUAAGAUUUACAAUAUAAGUUCCAGUAAACUAAUACCUCUUGAGGAGAUAAUUCAACCAUACAUUGAGGGCGAACCUCUGAAAAUUCAGUAUGCAACCUGGUCGAAAAGCGGAAAUGCAUAUGUGUUCAUAAUUAAAAAUGAUAUCUACUACUGCCCUGGAAUCGGCAAGGAACCGGUCAGAUUGACCACCACAGGUAAAUCAUUAUCGGUUUACAAUGGUUUACCUGAUUGGUAUUAUAAAGAAUUUUUGGGUCUAAAUGAAGCUAUUUGGUUCUCAGCUGAUGGAACCAUGUUAAUCUAUGCAAGUUUCAAUGAUUCUCUCAUCGAUUUGAUUCCAAUCAACAUUUACGGUUCUCUUUAUGAUACUAAAUCGGAAUACGAAUCUCCACCUUCUAUUAUUAACCAGAGAUUUCCAAAGGCUGGACGAUCGAUACCAAUUGUUGACCUUUGGUUUAUCAAGUUAUCGGAUCCAAGUCGAUCGGCUCGUAAGCUAAUUGAACCCGUUGAACUGACCGGUAAAGAUAAAUACUUGACCUACGUUUCCUGGUUUGACUCGUCAACGAUAAUCGUUGUUUGGACAUUACGAAGUCAAAAUCAUUCAAUAUUAAUAAAUUGCUCCGGUUACGAUAAUUGGUCUUGUAGAAGGUCAAAUGUAAUCAGUGAGAGUAUCAAUAAGGUUAAAUACCUUGGAUCAUCAAUAUUAACUCGAGACAAUCCCUCCAAGCAUUUCAUUAUCACACCUAAACCUGAUCUUAAGAUUGGACAAUAUAAUCAUAUAGCUCAUUUUAAUCCACAGGAUAAAUAUUUCAAUCUGGUUGGAAACUUUUUAACUCAUGGACGUUACGAUGUAUUAAGAUUAUUAUCUUAUGAUAUUCGAGAAGAUAUAAUCUAUUUCCAGGCUACUGGAAUUGAUAAACCAGCUCAAAGUCACAUUUACUCAUUAAGCUUAACCAAUUCAACUACAGGGUUACCUUUUUGUAUUACCUGUAAUUUAAGCUCAUCUUGUGGUUAUUAUGAGGCAACAUUCAGUCCAUCAGCUGACCAUUACGUCUUAAGGUGCCUUGGACCCAAAAAAGUGUUCACCUCAAUCUAUUCAACAAUCAAUUAUACUCAUGUUUGGACCAUUGAAGAUAAUAAAGACUUUGAGGAAGUUCUGAAAGAUAAACGAAUGCCCAAUGAGAUGUAUUUAACUCUACCCAUAGAUAACGAUUCUCGAAGGUUGAACAUUAAAGUUCUGGUUCCACCUCCACGUCGACAUCUAGAAGUAUUAAAUGAAGAGGAAGAUGAAGGUAUUCGUUAUCCAUUGGUCAUCGAAUCAUUUCCAAUGGUUGAUUUAAUUCUUAAUGAAAGAUUCAAUCUUCACUGGGGACAUUAUCUUUCUUCAUCAAAGGAAUAUGUUUACGUUCAACUUGAACUUCAUGAGAUUAAUCCGAAAGAUACCUCAAGAGAUUAUCGCUGGUCAAAGGUUAAUUAUGAUCAUCAAUUGGCCAUAAUUGAUUUAAUUGAUUCCCUAUUAGGUAAUAUUGAUCGUAGCAAGGUUGCUCUAUGGGGAUCAGCAAGUUCAGCAUUCACAGCAUUGGAAACAGUUUCUCAAGAUAAAACUGGACUAAUUACUUGUACGAUUGGACAAUCACCAGUAGUUGAUUGGCGUUUAAUGGAUGCUGUUUCUGCUGAAUAUCUGUUUGGUAAUCCAAAUACUCAUCAAUAUAAUUCAAAUUACGAUCUGAACAAUUUAUUUCUCAAGGUUGAUGAUUUGGUUAAUAAAAAGUUUCUCAUCGCCCAUGGAACUGCCAAUGAAUUUGUUUCCCUUCAACAUACUAUGUUAUUGACUAAAUCAUUGAUUAAGGAAACAAUCAAAGGAACAAUUAAUUAUCAAAUUCAAAUCUAUCCUGAUGAUGAUCACCUUUUAUCACAUUCAAAGUUACACUUUUUACUUUUAAUUGAAACUUAUUUACAGAAAUGUUUUGAUUCUGUUCAAUUAAAUGGAGAUAGUUGACCAUUGAAACUGGACAUGAUGUAAUCUUUAAAUCUCUCACCUGUAAAAAUAUUAUAUUGUAAAUAAAUUCACCAAUAAAUAUAUGAGAAAAUAAUAAAAGUGACAAUUAUAUUACUCGAAAAUUGUUUCAUUGAUUUAUCGA